UUGCUGGCGUGCGCCCGCGGUUCAGUGUUGUCAUAGUGUGCUCGCGAGACGGUCGCGCGCGUUGCUUGCUCUGUCGGUGUCUCAAUUUUUUCUCUUUCUUUCGCUUCGAUUUUACGACAGUCUCCGAAAGAAAAGCGCGCGCACUUUCGCAAGCAAACGGCGGAAGAAGAAAAAACAAAGCGACUGCCCACUGUGUGGCAUGGAUAGCUGUGGAGCAGCAGCCCAUAGUUCGCUUUCGACGUAAACCCGACGGCCUGUGGCUGAACUUCAGGGUUAUAAGUAUUCGCACUUGCAGUGCAGCGACUACUUGUCAAAUCGCGCGCGCGCGCACGCGCAUUCUGUAUAUACCUUGUACGAGUAAAAUUCAGUGUCGCUAACGAGUUCUCGCCGCCCCCGUGUGAAUCACAUAGGUAGAUCUGAAGCGGGAGAAAAGUGAAAUAAAAACUGUAUCCAAACGGCAGCGAAACGGCGGGGGCGUACAUAGUGCCGCCGUUGCGGCUUCUCAGCAACAUCUUCGUCCGAUACUCGCCGAUCGAAAACGUAGCUGUUGCCGCAGCUGCUUUCCUCUCCUCGUCUUCGAAGAGCAGCAGUGACAGCGAAGAGACUAUACUCCAUCAGGCCGAACAGCAUAUGAUGGGCCAUAACAUUCACGAUGAAGUCCCCAUGACAACGCCUGAACUGAUAACAAAACACGGAUACAUUGGUGAGACUCAUCACAUUUGGACAGAAGAUGGCUAUAGACUGGAGUUACAUCGCGUCUUAAGAAAAGCUGAGGGGAAAAAUUCAAACAAAAUUUCUACAGAAGGUAGUCGUGAAAAACUAACAGAAUUACUCAAAUCAGCAACAGACUCUAAUGAUUCACAAGCUUCGAUAUUAUCAGAAGCACUAAAUUUACAAGUUACCGAAGACUCUAAUCCCAAAGUUAAACCACCUAUAUUAAUUAAUCAUGGACUGCUAUCAAGCUCAGCAGACUGGGUACUACUUGGACCGCAGAAAGCGCUUGCUUAUGUAUUAUGCGACUGCGGAUUCGAUGUGUGGUUAGCCAACGUUAGGGGAAACACGUAUUCUCAAUGUCACAAAAAGUACACAACUAAAGACAGAGAAUUUUGGGACUUCAGCUGGCACGAAAUUGGUGUUUAUGAUAUACCAGCUAUGAUAGAUUAUGUUUUGGAAAAAACUAAUCAGCCAAGUUUGCAUUAUAUUGGUUAUAGUCAAGGGACUACUACUUUUUAUGUGAUGUGUAGCGAAAGACCAGAAUAUAAUGAUAAAGUUAAAGCAAUGGUAACCAUGGCUCCAAUUGCUUUUCUUUCAAAUCAGCGUAGUCCGCUUAUAAAAUUUAUCGUUCGUUUCUACAUUCUCAUGGAAUGGGGAUCAGCGUAUUGUAAUAUACACCAGUGGUUUCCUCGGAAUAAGUUGCAAGCCAAAGCUCUAGGAACAUUAAUUCGAAAUACCCCAGGCCAAUUAACCAAGAGCUUUUAUAGUUGUUGGUUUUAUCUAGUUGCUGGUUUCGGCAGUAAUCAGCUAGAUAAAUCUAUGCUUCCACUGAUAUUUGGGCAUUUUCCUGGAGGCUCAUCUGCCAAACAAAUCAUUCACUACAGUCAAGUUAUCCUCACUGACUCAUUCAGGAAAUUUGACUAUGGUACAUCUAAAAAUUUAAAGCUUUAUGGUAGCACACAACCUCCAAAGUACUGUUUGGAGCGGGUAAAGGUUCCUGUUGCCGUGUUCUACAGUGAAAACGACUUUCUCACGCAUCCUGAGGACGUUAAGAGGCUUGUCGAGAAUCUCCCGAACGUCGCUUUGAAACACAAAAUCGAAUACUCUAAAUUCAACCACAUCGACUACCUCUGGGGCUGCGACGCUAAAACGCUUCUUUAUGAUCACGUAAUCGAUUUCAUAAAGAAAUAUAACUAAGUGACAGCUCUUCCAUGACGAACCUCACAAGUGUAUAGUGACGCUUGCGUAUAAUCUAUUUUAUUCGAAGGAUCAUUGUCAAUUAAACGAGUAUUUAGCAGAGUCGAUCGAAGACUCUGAAAGACUAGCGGAAUGAUAGUCAUUCCGAUCGUCAUAGGAUCGGUCUGAUCUUUCGCGCCUAGAUUUAACGCGGAUCUGUUGAGAUUUUAGUCAUUACGUGCAUUUACGAGAAAGUAAAAAGGCGAUAUAUUUUAAUUUCGCCGCGCACAUUUCUUUUAUUAAUUUAUUAUAUCAUAUUUAAAGAACGACAAUAAUUGUUCUGUUUUGUGUACCGAUUAAUAACGUUAAUUGGAUGAAUUUUUACGUUUGACGAAACAUAACGCAAAGUAAACCACAAAUAUCAAGAGCGAACUCGUAGAUAUUUUCAUUUUCUGCUUGUCAAUACAUCAUCGUCAGUAUUAUAAAAGAAUUUUCUAAUAGUUAACAAUGGCAAUCGAGAACGGAUGCGAGAUCGCAAAAAAGCACAACGAGAUUGGUUUGAAUCUCUCGUUACUCGAGUGGCAGGGAAAAUCGAGGUCAAUCGUUUCCCUGUGUGCGCGUGUGACUGUGUGCAAUGUAUAGGUUCGUUGGUUUGCUAGUGAAGGAGAAAGAGAAAGAAAUGUAUAUGUGCGUUGCAUCGAAGAAACUGCGAGAUUGGCUCAUGGGCCUUGGCAAACACGCGAGCGCGCGAAACGUGUUUGCAAAAUUUCAAGUGUAAACAAAAAAGAGCGUGAAAUUCAUUUUUCGAUCUACUUCUACAGAGAAGCAUUGAGAAUUUACACUUGAGCUGCGGCGACUUACGUUGGAAUGUAUUGAACGAUGAAGAUAUAAUAAUAAUUUUUCCUAAAUCAAUGUCAUAAGCAAAUAAUUUAAACAACACGAAAUAUUAGUUUCCGAGAUCAUCAAACAAUCAUGAUUACCAUAUUUGUGAUAAGCACACAAGUGAUUACAUAGUACUGUUGUAAAAGAGAGAUCAUCUAAUUUAAUAUAAACAUUCUUGUAAAUACUAUAUCGAGUAUUUAUUGGUGUAUUGUUAAAGUCUAAAAUAUAAUAAAUCAUUUUUACAUAAAUA